GUCAGGUCAACAGCUCUGGGUUCGCCACCUGGCUCUGCAUGGCCCAGGCGUUGUGGAAAUAUAUAAACAAAUAGGAAAUAAGAAAUAGAAUUUACAAAAAAAGAAGCGAUGGAUCUAGAGACAGUGAAACUAGCGUCGUUGAUGGCAGUGGCGUUGGUCGCAGGGGGCGUGGCGGAGAGGACCCCGAGUAUCAACUACAUCCAGUCCCCGAGCGGCAACUUCUUUAGGGCUCCUGGAAAGACCAUCCCGCCCGAAAAUGUGAUUCAGACGCUGCCGGCUUCUAACGCCUGUACAUGCAAGAACUUCUGUUUCGUGAGCCUCGCGUGCUUGGCUUGGUCCCUCGUCAACUUCGCCGACGGGACUUCGGAAUGCAGGAUUACCGACGCAGGGCCUUUGUCCUAUGAGGUUGAGAAUAACACGCAGGCGACCUACUUCUUCAAGGAAGCUGCAGUGGAUGGCACCUACCACAUCGACGUGGACAGACUUCUGUAUCUAAAGCCAUCUAUAGGUGCGAAUUUCUUGACGGCCAAGCAACACUGUGAGAAGAUCCCUGGGCACCGUCUCGGUAUUUAUAAAACGAUGCAACAGUACAAUAUGCUUGGAGCCUAUACGACUACAACAGUGACUAUCGAGUCCCUGUACAUGGAUUUGGUGAAGGUCGGCAUGGACCUCUACUGGGGAGACGGGACCUUGUACAAUGACACUGAAAUCGGAAGGAACGUCGACGUGAGAGACUUCAUAAAACCUGAGAGAUACAUCAUGAUGUUUUGGGAUUCGUUUGUGAGCGAUGGUCGGCCAUCGGACAUUAGGCAGUUUAUGUGCCAGGCGAACCCUCUGGGAAUCGAAUGGUAACGUAAUUGUUUGACCACUGAGCGUAUAUGUCUUUGUUUGUCUGCAUCUGUGAGUGCUGGAACAGGCGGGGGAGGGAAGAGAAUGUACUGUCUCUUCCGCGAACACUAUUCAGUAUUGCCGAUGUGUGAACCGGCAAUUUCAACUCAGUCCCCCAUUUGUCAUGUGUUUCGAAACUGUCGGUUCAGACAUUGAGAGACCUUUGAAGCGGAGAGGGGAGGGGUAGUGGUGGGGUGGGGUGCCUCUGUGUUUGCGUGUUCAAAAAAUCAUGAACAAAGACCCGGGUUUGGUUCAGAACCUCGUUUCUUUUAUUAUAUAUUUUCUACACGAUCACUUAGACGUGUUUUAGUCAUACCCAUAAAAAAGUCACGGAGACUAAUAUGCUUAAACUGAUUAACUUAAUAGCUGGCCUUGAUCGUCUUCUGCAUAAUCAAACAUUUUUCCUGGGCUCUAUCUCUGUUGCUCACGGUGAUUUAGGCCUUAGCUAAUCAAAUGCGACGAAAAAGGUUCGACCAGUCAUGUUCGAUGUGACCUUGAAGAAGUAUAUUUUAAAAGAGAUUACUUAUAAGAACCCUGAGCAAGAAAUUGUUUUGCAAAUUAUACAUUGCAAUAUUGAAUUUAGCAGAUUAUAACAUAAUUACAGAAUGUUAUAAUUAUGAUAAAUAUAUGUAUGUAUAUA